CCUGCCGGGAAUGUCAAUUCGUAGCUAAACAAAGAUUCGUUGGUCGAGGAAUCAUCGUCUUGACUCGACCCGGACCGUCGAUAGUUUGGAUCUUGUUCCGACCAAGCGCAGAUUGUCGGACAAGACAAGUUGACCAUGACUGCCUCAAUUGCAGGCCCCGAUGAAGAGAGCGUUGCAGGCCCCGAUGAAGAGAGCGGCAGUCCACUAAGUCAUCAAAACGGCCAUUCCGCUGGCCAGCUCGGGGGCUCUCCCCGAGAGGACCAGCCCCUUUUGCGGGCUCCCGAAGAGGCAUCGUGGCAGCCGCCGCGGGGCUUCGUUUGGAUCCAGGUGGCCAUCAUGUCCAACGUGUUCCUGUACGGCUUCGACGGGACCAUCACGGCCGCCACGUAUGCCGUCAUCAGCUCCGAGUUCGACGCCGCCAACACGGCGUCGUGGCUGACGACGUCGUACCUGCUCACCAGUACCGCGUUCCAGCCGCUGUACGGGAGGAUCUCGGACAUCUUCGGCCGCCGCGUGUGCUUCCUCGUCUCGACUAUCACGUUUGCGCUCGGUUGUCUUGGCUGCGGCGCCGCUGGAGACAUCUUUCUCCUUAAUUGCAUGCGUGCGCUGACGGGAUUCGGCGGUGGAGGGCUAAUGACGAUGGCCACAAUCGUUAAUUCAGACAUGAUACCAUUUCGGAAGCGCGGAAUGUACCAGGCGUUGCAGAAUGGCAUGUUUGGAUUCGGUGCUGUGUGCGGUGCUUCAUUUGGGGGCUCCAUCGCCGAUGGCAUUGGGUGGCGGUGGUGUUUCCUGUCCCAGGUCCCCGUCUCGGCCCUUGCACUUGUCGUGGGAGCCUUGGUAAUCAAGAAUCCCGAGGGAGGGUUCGACCUGGGUCGCGGCUUUCGGGACGUUUGGGCCAAGGUUGACUUCACGGGAGCCUUGCUGCUCGUGACCGCCAUCUGCAUCCAGCUUGUCGGCCUGAGUCUCGGAGGCAACGAGCUUCCGUGGAGCAGCCCGUGGGUAAUCAGUUCCCUGCUGGGGAGCCUUGUCUUGUUCGCUCUCUUUUUGGUGGUUGAGGCGCAGACAAGCGCCAUUCCAGUCAUCCCACUCCGUCUGCUACGUGGACGCCUUCCACUGUCCGUCCAGUUUGCAAACAUUUGCGCCGGCGUGGCUGCGUAUGCGUAUCUCUUCAACCUUCCGCUGUUCUUCCAAGUGGUCUUGCUGGACUCUGCGUCGACUGCAGGUGCCCGGUUGGCCAUUCCAUCUCUGGCGACGCCAAUCGGUGGACUCGUCGCUGGCAUAGUCAUGUCGCGGUGGGGGAAGUUGAUUCCAUUGGUGCGUGCAGGAGCUCUGCUCAUGGCAUUUGGUAAUGCCUUGGUGACUUCGGUGGGAUUUGAGGACUCGACGUGGAAGUACUUUGUGUACAUAUUCCCUGCAAACCUGGGCCAGGGGAUUGUGUACCCGGCCAUCCUAUUCACCUCGCUUGCAACCUUUGAGCAUGCAGAUCAUGCGGUUUCGGCGUCGACUGUCUACCUGAUUCGAUCGUUGGGCACAGUAUACGGGGUCGCCGUCACGUCUGCAAUUGUGCAAACCACGCUCAGCCUCCGACUGCCUGAUGCUCUGGGCCACAUACCAGACAAAUGGAGAAUUGUCGACGACAUCAGACACUCGGUAUCCGCAAUCAAGACGCUCCCGCCUGACGUGCAGCUUCAAGCGCGACUUGUUUACUACGACGGACUCCGCUACUCCUUCACCACGUCGACUGCUGUUGCAGCCGCAGCAGUAUGCGCUGCCCUCUUCGCCAAUGGCAGGGGUUUACGCAGCACUAACUGAGUGAGCUUCGCGCAGGCGACUAACCCCCGCGUCUGUCCCCGCGUCUGUGAGGAACUUUGGAGGACGAGGAUUUCUUCGGCCCGGGGCCAGCACACGAAGUGAAAGUGCAGCCAGUGGAAUAGAUGUUUGGAGAGGGAAUGAGGACCAUGGACUGAUCCGAGGUGCAUCGAUCAAUGGUCCAUGAAUGGUUAGGCAUGCAGUAAAAACUAGUUUACUGGACUUUGAGGGUGUGGAAUCCAGUAUUUGCUCGAAGUGACGGUGUGACGCAGUAUUCUGUGCGACACGAGAGG